CCUCCUGGCUGCAGACCGUCGAUAUAAGCAGCUGUGCUUCUGACGGGACAAUCAUCUGGACUUUUCGGAACGUGGAUCCCAGUAACUUUGUGCAGAGUUUUCUAACAGAAGCAGGACAGAACAGCAACAAGCAAUCUCCAACCUCUCUACAGUCACACCAUGGAUGAUGCUGAUGCUCUCGUACGUAAAGUCCAUGAAUGGGUGGCUCUUCAGAAGAAAAGUUCCAGGAAGCUGAAGAACCUGGCGGAUGAUCUGGAGGAAGCGGUGAAGGCUGCCAACGUGACCAAAGUGGUCGGCAGCUCGGUGUCGGUCGGGGGAGCAACUGCCAUGGCGGCGGCGGGCGUGUUAACGCUUCUGACCGGCGGAGCAGCGCUGCCUGUUCUGGCUGCAGUGGGAGCUGCGGGAGCUGUGGCUUCUGGGGCCGGUGCGGUAACUAGUGUUGGUUCUGAUGCUUAUAGCGUCAGCAAGUCCAAAGACAUCAUGGAGGAAGCCCAAAAGGUUCUGGAAGAGCUACAGAGUCUGGAACAGGAAAUGAAAAACCUCAUGAAGUCACUGAAACGACAAGCCUCCAACCUCUACCACCGUGGUGGUGCUGCUGGUGGUGCUGCUGGUGGUGGAGAUGAUGAUGAUGGCAACAUUAUGGAGUUUUUCAUGAGGUCAAUGGCCAGACAGGCAGGGCUGAACCUCCCCAGGAGCCUGACGAUCACAGCGGUUUUUGGGUUACCGCGUAUCAACAUGUUCAGGAGGAUCGAAGCCAGUAAUAUUGUGCUUACAGGGUGUCUUACAAUCCUUACAGCAGCUCUGUUUGGAGCAGCCAAAGAAGGAGGGGAGAAAGUGGCUUCUUCUCUGGGGAGAAAAGCAGCUUCAGCAGCAGCUGGAAGUAUUGCAGGAGGAGCGGUCGGGCUUGUGCUUUCUGUUCCUCAGCUGGUUAAUGAUUGCCAAAACCUCGACAACAUCGAGACAAAAGCCAGUCAGACUCUGAGGAAAAAUGCCAGGACUGUUCUGACCAGCGCCGAGGAGACGGAGAAAGAACUGCAGAAAAUAAGAGAAGCUCUUAAGAAGUUGGUGAGAAUCAAAUUCAUCAUAGAGAAGAAAAACAGGACCAGAGAUGAGAAGAGAGAGCUGAUCGACUAUGCAAUUAAUAACACUCCUUACCCGGAGGUUAAACAGUGGUUGAGUGAAAACGCAGAGUCUAAUGUCUUCUUUCAUCUGGUAAAUCUUGGAAACUUCAUAAAGCAAAAGCUGAAUGAGGAGGCAGCGAAGAAGAAGGAGGAUUUGGAGAGGAAGAAGAUUGAGCUGAUCUUUUUGGCUCAUGGAUCGAUUGUGGCCUCGAUGAUUCCUGCCAGAUGUCUGAUGCCUCUGCCGUCCAUCACAGACGUCCUGCUGUAUUCUCCCUGGAACUGCUUCCUGUAUCCUGAAGCGGCCUACAGCAUCGCUACAGGAAGCAUCCAGCCUGGCCACCGGAGGUUUGGAUGCACCAAUCCAGACCUGUGCCCUUUUCCUCCAGCAGCCCAUACGUCAUUUAACCUUCCUCAUACCUGGAACUCAAUGAGGAAUACUGGACUUCAACCUGUCCCCAUCAUCAUGGUUAGUCCUGUAGCAAAAAUAGACGACCCUGCAUUUGCAGCUUUCAUUGCUCUAGCAGCAUGUUUUGGUGAACCAGCAGCCAACCGGUAUCUCAUCCCGUACCUUGCUCCCUAUAUCGGCAAAGUGCCCUUCUUUGUCGUCACGUUGGCCAUGUCUCUGGUGCUCUGUUUCUCAGGACAUGAAGCCACUGUCCACCUGGCUGCCUGCCUGGGAAAAUCACCUGAAAACGCUGUAAUGCAGGAGGAGUAUCUGAGGCGGCAGUACGCCUACACUGUGGACAACACCGGCAUGACCGUUCCAAGAGAAACGAUUAGCUAUAUAAACGGUCCAGUGUUUAAUAUGUUCAAGGCUGUUUUUGGUGGCGAGUCUCCAUUUUUUUAAUGAUUGAUAAAGACUUGGAGAACUUGCUGGUCUGAAUCACUUCAGACAGCUUGUACAAAUUAAUCCAUUGCUUCAAUUUAUAUGUGUAUAUGAGAGAAAUGAUUCUGCAAAACCGCAUUGUGCUGGACCUCCUGAUAGCCUCUCAGGGAGGUGUCUGCAAGAUAGUAGGAUCAACGUGCUGCACAUUCAUCCCCAAUGAAGCAGGAACUGGUGGAACCAUCCACGAUGCUCUGCAUGACCUGGAAGAACUCCAGAACUUUGUAAACAGAACCACCCAUGGAUCCCAGCCUUUUGACUUCUGCUGUUGAGGAUUGGAGCACCAAUCUCAUCUGUCCUGAUCCUAUUCUGUCUCUUCACAACCUGCAUCAUCCCAUGUCUUUGCAGCUUGAUGCUAAGGAUGUUUAGCACCACCAUGAUCAACUAUCAGCUGGUCAGGGUAACCUCUGACACAGAUGAGGACUACAUAUCACUCCAGAGGGAUGAAGAUGGACUGAAAACAGGAUCAUAUGACGAUGUCCUGUAAUUAUUAAACAGAUUGAAUCAUCUGCUAAUGACUCCUGCACUGAAAAUGUGAAAGCAAGUGGUGCUAGUGAUGAAAAAUGCAUUUGGUUUCUUACUGUUUCCUGUAUACAUCAUAUUUCUUUUUAUAGCAUAUAUUUGCAUUCUUUUACUCAGCAACUAAAAAAAAG